AUGGAAACGCCGAACACGCGAGCGCGGCGGAAACGGGAACGAGAGCUGGAGGCAGGGAGCGGCGUCGGGUGGCGGCUUGAUGGUGGGCUGCGGAAUGAACUCCUUGGGCAGGUUGUAGAAGACCCAUUGCCAUUACCGACACCGACUCAGCGGGCACCUCCUAUCGGCUCGUUGUCAUUCACGGGUGACAGACCAGCGCUCAAGCGCUCCCGCCGUUUGGUCAGCCACUCACUCUCCGUUCCGUCGCCAGCGUCGAGUGAGCGAACAAAACUCGACGAGCUGCUCGACAGGUUCCUCGAUCAAUCGUCACAGUCGGCCGCUACUCUCCAAACCCCAUUAUCUCGCGCCAGCACUGCGUGCACCAAAGCGGGAAGCACUGGCCGCAGUCUGCCAAGUGCGGGGCGAUCGGCACAGUCGCGCAUCCUUGCAGACCGCACCAACGCGCGUCCCGUGGCGGCAUCGACUUCGCUGCCUUAUUCCAAGGGCAGUGCGAUUCCCUUGAGGGCGACCAAGUCUGCCCCGCGCUCUGUGGCGAACCUCGUCGAGGUCGAGGAACGGCCCAGGCCCAGGCGAGCUCAGCCCCCACGGCCAGAAGCUCCUAGUCCGCUGGCACCACUCCAUCACAUCGCCAACAUGACCACCAACGCCCGUCCCAGCAACCCACCCAACACCAACCCGCCCUUCGCUCCGUUCAAGAGCGAGGCGGCGGACUACCCUACAUUCCUCCCCAAGCAGCCUGAGCAGAUCGGUGCACUCGCGUCUGUUAAGCGCUUCCCCCAGAACAAGAAGGUUCCCAAGCUCUUUGAGCCCAUCACCAUUCGCGGCGUGACGUGGCCAAACAGGAUGUGGGUGGCGCCCAUGUGCAUGUACUCAAGCGACUACGGCAAGGCGACCGACUUCCACUUUGUGCACCACGGGACGAUGGCCCUGCGUGGCUGGGGCAGCCUCAUGUUUGAGGCGACUGCCAUUCUUCCCGAGGGUCGUAUCUCGCCCGAGGACAUGGGUAUUUGGUCCGACGAGCACAUUGCGCCUCUGAAGCGGGUCGUUGAUUUCGUGCACGCCAACGGAGCCAAGAUCGGUAUCCAGAUCGCCCACGCCGGUCGUAAGGCCAGCACUCUCAGUCCUUGGGUCCAGCGUAAGGGGCAGGACGAGGGUUGGACUGGAGGUGAAGUCGCGACCGACGAGGCCAACGGUUGGGCCAAGGACGUAGUGGGCGCUUCGGCCAUUAGCUUUGACCCCGCCACGAACCCGCACCCUUCCGAGGCGAGCCUCGAAUACCUCGAGCACGUCAAGGAGGCUUACAAGGCUGCUACGAAGCGCGUCAAGGCGGCCGGAUUCGACUUUAUCGAGAUCCACGGUGCGCACGGAUACUUCUUGCACAACUUUUACAGCCCGCUCUCGAACAAGCGUACCGACCAGUAUGGCGGUAGCUUUGAGAACCGUACCCGCCUCGGAUUGGAGAUUACCAAGAUCAUCCGCGACAACUGGGACGGGCCACUGCUGUACCGCGUGAGCGCUAGCGACUGGCUCGAGGAGGUCGAGGGACCCGAGAAGGACGCCAAUGGCGAGUGGCGCUGGUGGGGCCUCGAGCAGACUACCAUGUACGCCAAACUCCUUCGCGAUGCCGGCGUCGACCUCCUCGACGUGAGCUCGGGUGGUAACGACCCGCGCGGCAAGUUCAAGGUCGGACCGGGGUACCAGGUCAACUUUGCCGAGCACCUCAAGAAGAAUGUGCCCGGCCUGCUUAUUGGCGCUGUUGGCCUUAUCACGACGCCCCAGAAGGCCGAGGAGAUUCUUGAAAAGGGCCAGGCCGACGUCGUGCUCUUUGGCCGCGAGGUCCUCCGUCACGUCGACUUCCCCCUGCGCGCUGCAGAGCACCUCGGCGCUGCGGCUAACCCUGCCGGCCAGUACGAGCGUGCGUGGAGCCGCAUGCUAUCGACUGUGCCGCGCACUUAG